GCAUGGAACUCCUGGGGGCCAUGGAACUCCCGCUGGCUGCGGCAGUGGUGGGCGCCCGGCUGGCGCCCUGCGCUGAACUGGUGUGAUGCAUUUUCACUGCUGUAGACACAGGCUCUGCCCGUCCUGGGCCUCUCCUGGUCCCUGCAGCCUGUCCUGUGCUCUGUCCUGCCCACCUUGGCUGGUGGCCUUGGAGGUGCCGUCCUCCCUCACCGGGGAGCUUGGGGUUGGGCUCCCACGUCUCAGUUGUCGGGGACCCCACGCUCACAGGCCCCUACACUCAUCAGUGCCUCUCCUUAGGAAUCCUCAAACACUGACCUCGCCGCCUUGGUUCGUGGUUCCCUUGGCUGUGCGGGGUCUGUUCUGUGCAUCUGGUGUUCCCACUGGAGAAGCCACCCGGGCCCUGGACUCUGGGCUCCGACUCCCUUAAGCCUCCAGCUGGCCGGGUGUCCCUGCAGGGCCACUUCUGUGCUCUGCUGCCCCAGUCACCUCAUCCGUAAUGAUGGGGAAGGACGGGCUGAGCUCCCCGGCCCGUCAGCUCCGGGCGUUGACAAUUCUAGGACAAGCCUCGCCCAACCUGCAAUAAGGACACGUUCCUGCUGCAGUGACCCCGCCGGCACGUGUGCUGUGCUGCUGAGUGCCCCCGCCGGCACGUGUGCUGUGCUGCUGAGGACACUGUGCACCCAGAGGGCCACGUCCUGGAUUUUGUUUUCAUAGAUGGGAGUUCACAGCCAAGUGGAGGCCAUAGGGGAAGGGUGAAAAGAUCCUGCAGUUGCUGCCGCCACAGCUGUGAUUAGGGCAAGUCUCAGCUCCCCUGGAGUGAGUGCUCCUGUGGGCCAUCAGGUGACAUGGGGACAGAUGCCACAGAGAAGUGCAGAGGAGGGGCCAGGGAGCGCUGUGGGAUCCAGGCUCUCUGAGAAGGUAUUUCUACCCAGGCGUAAUCACCAAGUGCUGGAAGCGACACAAGCGUCCUUCAAUGGUGAGCGGAUGGCAGGGCCCCCAGGAGACCACAGGAAAGUCACGUAGAGAAGGCAUUAGGUGGGGUGUCAGAUGUGGGGGAGAACGAGCUGGAGACGGACACGGGCAUGGAGGUGUGGAUGGCCCUGGGGAGGCCCCUGGCAGCUGGUGGACGGCAGGAGCAGCGUGGACGGCAGGAGCAGCACGGGAUGAGAGAGCCAAGCGAAGUUCUUCCUCCUGCUGAGGGAACAGAUCCCGUGUGACCUUCAUGCCGUCAUGGAUUGGAAACUGCUAAUGUGUGUUCCUUUUGAAAUAUGCAAGAUGUUGCGCGUGAUUAAACUGAGGGAAGAUUAAGGUGAGUUACUCCUUUGUUUAAACUUUGGCUUCUUGGGUAGUCUUAUUAAGGGAAGGGAUUUAAAGUGCUUAAAAAUUCAAUAGGACAAAGGGCAUGUUGUGGUUCAAGACUGAUGUAUUGCCAUACAGGAUGCGAUCUGUUCCAAGGGCCGUAAAGCAGUCAAGUGAGCUCGCUGUGGUUGGAGCCGGCCAAUUAUAACACCUCCUGAAGUCACAGGGACGCAAUCUGCAGGCUCCUGGGAUGGCUUGGCUGGCAGCUUGGACAGCUGGGCUCCUCCAGGCGCUUCCGAGCCCCCUUCCGUCCUGUCAAGGUCAUCCUAGCCAUUCCCCUGUGGCUGUCUCCCCAGCCAGUGGCUAACGUCACCUGCAGACCAGCCUUUAAAGAUAGGAUGCCCCUCACUUCCCUUCAACAUCCACUUGACUUUUUGCAAAAUCCUUAUUUUAGACAUUCCUCCUUAUCCUUAAGACAUGUCCUUUGGUGGGGUCCUCUCUUGGGGCGAAUCCAUUCAGGGCUCACAGCAAGAGGGGAGCACACGAAGGAGAAGGACUGGAUUAGGGGACAGGAGCAUUGGGAGGGUGUCAAAUUCUCCAUCUCUGCGUUUUGUGGCUUCUCUGAGUGUUUCCUCGUGGGUACUGGGAGGAUGAUGUUUGCUGUGGGAACCAACCAGUGUCAACAUGAGAACCAAGUGCUGCUUGUUGAGUGAGGCCUGAAGACCUGGAAUCUGGAGUCAGACAGGCCUGGGCUUGUAUUUCACAUCUGCCACUCAUUGUGGGGCCAGGGUGGCAGUGACUUACUUUCCUUGUGCUUUGGUACCUGCAUUUGUUAAGUGGGGAUAAUAGCAUCUAAUUCAUUUCAAUGAGGAUGUUCUCAGGCUUAAUGCUAUAAUUUAUGGAACUAGUGCUUGGCCCAGUGCAGAACCUCAAGGAAUGGCGGCCACUUUUACAGUUAUUAACUCAACGAUAGUGUUAUUAUCACUCUUACUCCUACUUCCAUUACCAUGACUACAAUGCACGGUGCAGAGGCCCUUCAGAAAGCGCAGAGCCCCUUGCAGGUGCGAGGACUGAUUCCGGGUAAUGUCCAGGCUCACCUGAUGAGGGCUGUAAUUACCCCGAACUUGCUACUGGUCUUUCCUGCCAGUAACCCUUGCAGAACAGCCACCGGGAGCCUUUUAUAUUGUGUGUCAUAAAAACAACUCUGAUUGGGUUCUUAUGAAGUAGGGUGUGUAAUGGCCCCACCUGUCACAGAAGCAGAAUGCAUUUCCAGAUUGAAAACGACUAGGACUCCGUUGCUCCUGUGCGGGCGAGCUGUGACUUGCACUUUGUAGCUGCACACACUGGCGCAUCCUUGUGCACGUAAUGACUGCCUCAGGCCAGUGUGUGUAUGUGCAGAUGGCACUGCCCUUCCCUUCAAGCUGUGCUAGUGAAAUACCUCUCACAUCCACCCGGUGAGACCCAAGCCUCUUCCUGUCUCAGCCUUCUUCACUCUCAUCUCAGCCUUUUUCUUCCUAGUCGAGGUGUUGAUGAGUUAGUGCAGUCACUCAUUCACACCAACAAGCAUGUAUGGAGGGCCUGCGGUAUAGCAGCACCGGUGACACCAGCUAGGAAACCAGCGUGUAGGCUGCCCACUCUGUGGGGCACACACGUCGGGGCCCGAGAGAGCAGGAGGAGCUUGUGUGCUUUCUGUUUGGCUGAGGAAACCAAAUACAGGGACAAAGGGACAAGUCACCCAGGCACCACGCUGUGCUCGCACAUGUGCAGACGUCCCGCAAGGGUGGACCCCGUGUGGGGCCUGGCCUGUGCCCAGCACUGGGUUAGAAUGUGGCAUCGUGCCUGUCUUAGUGAGCUCACACCUAGAUGAGGGACGCUCUGGUGAACACACAAUUUAAUCUUCAAUAGAAUCCAGACAGGUAAAUGUCAGGUUUUAGAAGGGGAGAAAGACCACGUUUGGCAAAGAGGCACAUGAUGGCUUUGAAGAUCUGGGAAAGGUGGAGCUUGAGGUGAGUCAGGCCCGUGCUGGGAUGAGAAAUAGGGGUUCAGCCGAGGGGACUCAUGAGAUGCAGCCAGAGGAAUGGUGCCAGGGUGCACACACACGGGGACCCCCUGCCACGGAACAUACACAGGAGAACCCCCUGCCACGGUACACUCACAAGAAUGGGAUGUGAGUCAGACAGUGAUGAGUGAUGGUCCCCCACGCCAGGCAGACAAGCUGCGGUGGAGCUAGGUGGCAAAAAGGAUGGAGAGAGGUCCCCGUGUGUGUGCUCCGUGGCAGGGGGUUCCUGUGUGUGUGCACUUCAGGGCAGGGGGUCCCUGUGUGUGUUCACCGUGGCAGGGGGUCCCCGUGUGUGUUCACCGUGGCAGGGGGUCCCCGUGUGUGUGCACUGCAGGGCAGGGGAUCCUCGUGUGUGUGCACCCUGGCAGGGGUCCCCGGUGUGUGCACCCUGGCAGGGGGUCCCCGUGUGUGUUCACCGUGGCAGGGGGUCCCCGUGUGUGUUCACCCUGGCAGAGGGUCCCCGUGUGUGCACUGCAGGGCAGGGGGUCCCCAUGUGUGUGCACCCUGGCAGGGGUCCCUGGUGUGUGCACCCUGGCAGGGGGUCACCGUGUAUGUUUACCGUGGCAGGGGGUCCCCGUGUGCAUUCACGGUGGCAGGGGGUCCCCGUGUGUGUCCACCGUGGCAGGGGGUCCCCGUGUGUGUGCACCCUGGCAGGGGAUCCCCGUGUGUGUGCACCCUGGCAGGGGGUCCCCGUGUGUGUGCACUGCAGGGCAGGGGUCCCCGUGUGUGUGCACUGCAGGGCAGGGGUCCCCGUGUGUGUGCACUGCAGGGCAGGGGUCCCCGUGUGUGUGCACUGCAGGGCAGGGGUCCCCGUGUGUGUGCACUGCAGGGCAGGGGUCCCCGUGUGUGUGCACUGCAGGGCAGGGGGUCCCCGUGUGUGUGCACCCUGGCAGGGGUCCCUGGUGUGUGCACCCUGGCAGGGGGUCCCCGUGUAUGUUUACCGUGGCAGGGGGUCCCCGUGUGCAUUCACGGUGGCAGGGGGUCCCCGUGUGUGUCCACCGUGGCAGGGGGUCCCCGUGUGUGUGCACCGUGGCAGGGGAUCCCCGUGUGUGUGCACCCUGGCAGGGGAUCCCCGUGUGUGUGCACCCUGGCAGGGGAUCCCCGUGUGUGUGCACCCUGGCAGGGGGUCCCCGUGUGUGUGCACUGCAGGGCAGGGGUCCCCGUGUGUGUGCACUGCAGGGCAGGGGUCCCCGUGUGUGUGCACUGCAGGGCAGGGGUCCCCGUGUGUGUGCACUGCAGGGCAGGGGUCCCCGUGUGUGUGCACUGCAGGGCAGGGGUCCCCGUGUGUGUGCACUGCAGGGCAGGGGUCCCCGUGUGUGCGCACUGUGGCAGGGGUCCCCGUGUGUGCGCACUGUGGCAGGGGUCCCCGCGUACCUGCAUGCACACGGUGCGCUUCAUGCACACAAAUAUGAGUUUACCUGGAAAGGACAGACUGGCUUGGAAGCUGUUGUAAUAAUUUCAGGUAAAGCGGUUUAGGCUGGAUGGACUGGCUGUAGAACCGGAGAGACAGGCAGCUUUCGUCCUGGGGAAGGAGUGGGAGAUGACCCGAAGGGUGGGUUUGUGAAAAGGAGAAAUAGGUGUCAGGGAAGAACCCUAAAAGGCCCCUGGACCUGAUCUCCCAAGAAGACACGCCUCAGCUACUCUUGUGAUCAUUAAAAUGUGACAGAGUUAAAUCUUCACUAGUCAGAAUUUCAUCCUAGCACCCCCUCCCAUCUGCAGAACCCUGAUACCUGGUGUUGGGAGUGGUGGCCAAGACUCCAGAGAAGCAAGUCAAUUAGGUGCAGUUCUACCAGGGGAAUUUAGCCAGGGAAAAGGCAACCCUGCCUGAACCAGAGCAUCCACCAGGGCCUCAGGAUGCCCCCUGGAGAGCCCCACCAGCCGCCAGUCUUCUGCAGCUAACAGGCUGUGGUCAGGCAGGCAGGGGUCAGUUGGAUGUUGGGGUAACCUAGCGUGCACCUGCCUUCCAGCCUAGAGGACUUGGGAGCUCCUGCAGGCAGGCGAGGUGACCUCUCUACAACCCAAUCAGCCAAGCCCUUCCCCAGACAUCACUGACCCCAAAGGGCUGACUACACUUCCCUUUAAAAUAACAAUCACAAACCAAUACCUCCCAUAAUAGAAGCUAUUUUCAUAUAUAAAUCAAUAUAUUUCCCUUUCUCUUUCUGUAAGGAAGACAGAGGAUUGUAAUUUAUUUCUCUUUCCUUCUGUGUAUAAACUAAUUUUUUCUUGUUAUAAAAGAAAGAGAAUUCUAAUUUGCUGCUUUGGAACAAGCCCAGGAAUGGAGCCUAAGUAUGUGGAGGGAACUCUGGAGAUUACAGAGUGAAGUUCAGCUGACCUGGUGCCACAAAUUAAGCUGCAGUCCACUUAAGCUGCCAACAACAAUAAAUUAAGCUAUUGUGCUUGGAGGACGUUGGGAUUGGCACUGCAUAGGAUCAAGGCUGUAUUAAGUGGAGGCACUUACUCCCUCGCUCCUGCCGCCAGCCCUAGCUGAGGGGGCUUGGCGUCUACUUCUCCUUGAAAUGCGUGAUGUCUGACCUUCCAUUUCAGCGUGCGUAUCAUCAGCACGGUGCCCCAGGGUGCUGAGAGUUCACGUUGUUCUUGGUCAUUUAACAGGGUAAGGGUGAUAAAGUCAGGAGAUUCGCCUUUGACGAAAUAACAUGAACAUUCUCUAAAGUGAGACCUGUGAGUAGUAGAGGUGGGCUGAACCACAAGACGCACUGAUGAGGCCCAUACUCUUUUCCUUUUCAUCUGAGGCCAUUCUGUCUGGCUCUUCAUACCCCCAGAGGCCAGUCAUGGUUUUGUUUACAAAAUGACAUAAGGUAGCCUCUGGAAACCUUGUUGUGGGAUGACUCAGAGGUGAUGAGCCUCAAAUGAGUUGGAGGUUCUAAUAAGGGGGUUACAUAUUCCACGCUCCCACCACUGCCUUCAAAUCUAUGGAAAUCUUACAGAAAAGAGUGUAGUCAGCCACUUGGGGUCGGUGAUAUCCG